CAUCGCCUCCGUACAUCCAAAGAGCUCAUAUCUUUAAUCACGGCAAUAUGUCAUACAUUGAAUGCGCCCUCAUCACCGCAAGCUGUGUCCACUGCGUCCGCUGCGCCCGGCACCACGCAGCGAAGAGACAGACGCGCUGGUGUAUUUUUAGAAGCGCUACGUUCACCAAGACUCGUGCUCUUACUGGUCCUCAAUUAUUCACCAAGCUGCUCUCUGCCGCUGAUGAAUCGCAGCAGUGAGAGUAAAUAAGAGAGCGGUGACAUGUCAGAGCGCAGACGCCCAUCAACGCUCCCCGUCCGAUAGCGUUGAUGUGGCGAACGAUUAGGUAACACUACAGCGAGGUACGACAUGAAUGAGAAGGCACCACUGCGAGAACACAGAGCGACCAAAGCCACCUGUCCUUCUGCUCCCCGACAGCCAGGGAAAAGUUUGGCUCUGCUCGCCUUCUGUUCAACCCAGUAGAAACCACAGAAAUGAAGUCCAGCCCACAGACGAGCCCACGGUCAGGUACACUCGAAGAUCAGUCUACGGGAACCAGAGAGCCCACACACCAUUCGAGACGGACGAACGGCCUCCUCUGAAGGCAGGAAUGGCGUCUCACUCGGUGUACACAGAAGACUUCCAGGCGUGGGACAGCCCUGCGAGGGUCCACCCUUUCCGCCCACGUGACAACCUCAGCGUCAACAGAGCGCUGUUCGCCACAGCCACGACCAGCAGGGACAGCUUCUGCCCCCCCGGCCCCCCGGCGUCGACGAGGGAGGGCUGCAGACCCGCCCCGCCGCCACGGGAAGCCCCGCCCUUCGACGGCACCGCCGACCACAGCUCCCAGUACCGGCCCCCCGCGGUCUGGCCCCGGAGGCCCCCGGCCCGGCUCCAGCCCCAGACCCGGGAGUACCGGGCCCCCCUCCUCUCCACCACCCGGGCCCACUUCGGGGAGCACCGCGGGCUCCAGCGGCCCCCGGGGGCGCGGCCCGCCAGGGAGGCCUCCGUGAGGUCCUCGGUGAGGUCCACCAUGAAGGAGGACUUCAGGGCCCCGACCACGGUGCGCCGCCUCCCCGUGGCCCCGCCCCCACAGGAGCUGGAGUGGCCCCGGGGCCCCUUCGCCCGGACCACCACGGCGUGCGCCUCGUACACGCCCAAGGCCGCCCCGCGCUCGCUGAGCUGUAAGCCCCGCCCCCGGCCCCUGAACACCGGGCCCCCCAUGGAGAAGGACUCCGUCUACAUGGCCAGCUUCACGGCCCCACGGGGCCCCGUGAGGGACGGCGCACCCCCCAGGGGUCACGGUGGGGUCAUGGACGUCAGGCUCAGGGACCGCCGCUCUGCUGAUGCAAUAAGUAAUGAACCAGCUUAGGGGGUCACUGCAGCUGGCGACCUUUGACCCCGUGUUUAUACCUCCGCACACGACGGGGUGCAAAGGUCAAAUAAAAUGAUGUUUUAUUUGACUUUUUUCUAACUGCACUGUAUUGUAGAAGAAAGAAAGUAGUUGGUAUUAUAGACCACACUAAUGAACAUUGUCAUGUGUUAUUCAAAUAUUAUUAACACCAAACUAUUCAACUAUUGUAUUUAAGCUGACAUUAAGAAUUAUUCUUAAAAUGCACAUAUUGUCACAACUUGCACUAACUGUUCAAAUAAGUUCAAAGAACGUAUUUAAAUAAUUUUUUUAUUAAACCAGACACUGCCAAAAUAAUA